UACUUCCUACAGCGAUCAACAGGAGAAGGGGCUGAUGGGGGGCGCGGGAACAGGUGCGAUUGGCUCCAGCGUACCUGCGCAUGAAAACACCGUUUGCAACGUUUAACCGCUAUUGCAUUUAGGUAUGCAAAAAGUUUGGGCUGACCCCAGACCUGCCUCCGAUGACAUCACCAGAGCCGCUGCUGAUCGCGACGCGCGUUUGAGCGCUGCUGCAGAGCGAUGCGGAGCGACGCUUCGCUCAUUUAUCCGCACGAUCCGUCCUCGCGUUCACCGGGCGAAUACGGCCAAGACAUGGCAGAGAGGAGCCGAGGAAAGCGGAGAAAACAGGCGAACCCGCGGAGAAACCAAGGGGAGCUGGAGCGCUGCCUGGGCUCUGAGGGCGAGGAUGAGGGCAGUGUUUGGGGGAUGGAGGCUCUGGACAGCAGAGAUGCUCAGGAUAAAGUCAGUCUGACUCCCAGCGAGGGCACGGAGCCCGGCAGUCCCGUCCCGUGUGCGGAGAGCUGGGCCGACACCGAAACCACGCCGCUCAAAAUCCCGGCCGCAGACCCUGAACACUGUCAGGCUGACGCUCGUGUGAUGGACUCUGUGUCGCACCUGCUCAGCCCGAUUCACGCGCAACAAUGCAACGGAUCCGUCAGCUCGUACCAUUUAGACGGCGUUCACCGCGACAUGUCGCCCGUCUGCUGGUCACCCGGAGAACACGAGUCGCCCGAGGGCAAAGACGGUGGAGCCUUAAACCCUGAGACGGCUGUCCAGAUGUGUCCGUACUGCCAGCGGACGUACCGGCGUGACGCGUCUCUGCAGGAACACAUGAAGUUCUGUCAGGACAGGGAUGGAGGAGACAGCGCUUGUCCUCUGUGUGGAUACAGUACGCCGUACCGCGCUCAGAUGGAGCGACACCUGACCCUCCACAGCCAGAACUCCAUGUCUGAGCCCGGUCUGGAGAACAGAAAGUUCAAGUGCAAUCAGUGUGGAAAGGCCUUUAAAUACAAGCAUCACCUCAAAGAGCACCUGCGCAUUCACAGCGGUGAGAAGCCGUACGAAUGCUCGAACUGUAAGAAGCGCUUCAGUCACUCGGGCUCCUACAGCUCACACCUCAGCAGUAAGAAGUGCCUAAGCGGCGGCGGUGGCGCAACAGGGAACGGAGCUCAUUAUAACGCCCAUCCUGCGUACCUCUUCCCCUCGCCCACGUCGCCCCCUGCUGUCGGCGGGAGAAAGGGCUCUCGGUUCCCGCUGGAGUCGUCCGUUCCCGUCCUGAGCCGCUCGUGGGACCCGGCGGAGGAUCUGGCGCUGAGGACUGGUGUGUUUAAGGGCACAACGCUUCUGCCGCUGCUGCAGUCGCGCAGCAAAUUCGAGCAUCUGCUGCAGGAGAUGCUGCGGAGGGAGGUGAGAGACGAGAAACAAGCCAAAACUGAAAACUUCUCUCGGCUGUACGACACCCAAACAUCGCCCACAACCAAUCACGCGCCUUAUAGAGAGCUUUCGUCACCGCAGCGGGCGUCUUGGCAUUCUGUGCCGCAACAGAUCCUUGUGCCUUUACCGACACCCGCGCAACUGGAUAACCGCUGGCCCAGCGAAGAAAGCGCAAGUCCGAAAAAAAACCCCAUGUCGCCUGCUUUACCCGAACGCCAGCAUCCCAUUGGCUCACGCUUCGGCUCUCCUCCCAGCUUGGACCUGUCAAUCAACACAUCGCCACGGCAACUGAACCACAUCCAGAGCGAACCUUUAGACUUGUCUAUUCCCAAAGCGCAUUCGGUCGUGCCGCGGAAUCCGGCGUGUAACGGCAACUUAACGCAUCACGAGAGCGUGUUUAAGAGACUGACUCCGCCCUCCCAGCAGCAGGUGGGCGGGGCCUAUGCGGCAUCUCCGCUGUUCGGAAGCACAGUGUUCGGCAGCUUCCCGCUCUUCAAUCACAUGAUCCCCGCCGGUCUGGGACACAACGGUCUGACAUCACUUCCUCUCACGCCACCCACGCCCAGUCCGGGCUUCCUGUCACCUGUGGCGUAUAUGGUGGAGGCGGAGUCAGAGUUGAUGCUGAAGAGAAUGCAACACGAAAGACAUUCGAUCAUGGCUGAAGCGCUGAGUCGCGGCGGUCUGGAGUAUCUGUCUCUGAUGGAUGAUGGGAUGGAUGGAGAGAUCGGUCCUGGGAGGAAGAGGCUAAAGAAGACGGAGGAAGGACUGUAUGCCUGCGACAUCUGCGACAAAACCUUCCAGAAGAGCAGCUCUCUGCUGCGCCAUAAAUAUGAGCACACAGGGAAGAGACCUCACGAGUGUCAGAUCUGUAAGAAGGCGUUCAAACACAAGCAUCAUCUGAUCGAGCACAGCCGCCUGCACUCCGGAGAGAAACCGUAUCAGUGCGACAAAUGCGGCAAACGCUUCUCGCACUCGGGCUCGUACUCGCAGCACAUGAAUCACCGCUACGCCUUCUGCAGCCGCGACAGCGACCCGGACCUCGCCGAGCCGCCCGCCGCUUACCUGAGCGACUCCAGCAGAGACGAGGAGGACGAGGACGAAGAGGAAGAGGAGAGCGCUUACCAUGGAGGCGCGAGGACGGAGCAAACCGAGGAGAAACCGGCAGACGGAAGCCAGAAACAGGAGAGUCCUGACGGAGAGUGAGACGAGACGAGACCAUGCUGCAGUGUUUACCAAAGAUGUGAAACGCACAUUCACCACUGACGCGUUCUCUUUAGUGUUCAGAGCUCCCAACUGUGAACAAACACAUCCAAAAACGAAUAUCUGACCUUGGACCACAAAACCAGUCAUAAGGGUCAGUUUUUUUAAAAAGCUGAAUAAAUAAUCUUUCCAUUGAUGUAUGGACAAUAUUUGUCUGAGAGACAACUAUUUAAAAAUCUGGAAUCUGAGGGUGCAAAAAAAUCUAAAUAUUGAGAAAAUCUCCUUUAAAGUUGUUCAAAUGAAGUUCUUAGCAAUGCAUAUUACUAAUCACAAAUGAAGUUUUGAUAUAUUUACGGUAGGAAAUGUACAAAAUAUCUUCAUGGAACAUGAUCUUUACUUAAUAUCCUAAUGAUUUUUGGCAUAAAAGAAAAAUGUAUAAUUUUGAGCCAUACAAUGUAUUUCUGACUAUUGCUACAAAUAUACCUGUGCUGCUUAUGACUGCUUUUGUGCUCCAGGGACACAUAUACAUGAACACGCGUUUGUCCAAAGACUUGAUUCAUCACCAGAAUCCAGAGCAACUAUCUACGGCGCCCGAAAAUCACUGUGAGGCACAAACGAGUCUGCAACGUUUCCAAAUUAAUACAUAAAAAUAGAUUUAAAAAAAAAAAACUACAUACUAAAUAAAUAAAUAAAAUGCCAACGAAGAGAAGAAUAAUCUCAGAAAACCUACCAAAGUCAUAUUUCGCAUCAAAAUAAUAAUAAAAAUUAAAUAAUAUGAAAUUAUAUUUUGCAUAAAGAAAAUGAUGCCUGUUUUAGGACCAUUACAAUUUUUUUGCACUGGCAUUAAAUAAGCAAAAAUAAAUAAAUAAACAAAAGAAGAAGCACGUUAUUGUAAUGCAUAUAUAUACGUCAUGAAAUUUGGACCACCUUUCAUUUAUGCUGAAAUAUAUUUUUAAAAAUGCAUUAUGUAAAUGUCAUCUGAAAUGGUUCUGAAAGGAGGCUUAAUUUUCUUUAUACAAAAUAUAAUUUAAAAAAUACAUUCUACCAAGAAUGUCAUAUUUCACACCAAAAUAAUAUAAAAAUAAAUAUGAAAUAAUAUUUUACAUACAGAAAAUUAUCAUUUACAUUCUAACAAGUAUAUGUCAAAGUCAUAUUUCACACCAAAAUAAUAAUAAUAAUAAAAAUAAAUUAUAUUUUGCAUAAAGAAAAUAUGCCUGUUUUUAGAACCAUUAGGAUUUUUCGCACUGGCAUUACUGUAAGGAAAAAUAAAUAAAUACAAAUAACUUACAACUAUAUAUUAUAUUAUUAUUAUUAUUAGAUUGUUUUCAUUUUAUUGAUUUAUUUUUAUUUUGGAGUGAAAUAUGACCUAGAAGUUUUCAUGAAUUUGAUGCAUUUUAAGAGCUCAGGAGCAGUUAUUAACACGAGACAACCAUAUGUAGUGAAAUAUUAAAUAUUUCAACAUAAUAGCUAUUUACAGUCUAUGAUUUGACAAGCAUUCACUGUUUAGCGGCAGAAAUCGAGGGUUAGUUAAUGACCGGUUAGCUUCUGGUUUCCACUGUCAUAAUUAUCUGCACUAUAACUCAGAUCAAGAUUAAACACAGAUUUGACAUCAAUGAACUGGAAAACGGCAAAAUUGGACGAUAAUGACAGACAUUCAGCCUCAAACUGAAGUUUGACCUUCUUCUCGGCUGUUCAUGCGCUCAAAUACUUGCACGAACUCUGAUGCACCAAAUCAUAUGCUCAUGAUGCAAUACAAUCCAUUCAUAAAGUGUCCUUUGGAGAAAGAAAGCUCUGGAAAAGCCAGUCUAGCAUGUGUUGCACUGAAUACGAGCUCAGAAACCGAGCCGGGAAGCUUUAUAAUACUGCCAAUUAUGCAAAAUGUUUGCUCUUUAAACGUGCAGGAGUUUAAUUAACAGAAUGCAAACGGGGCUUUAAAUCUGCCUUCAUUCAUUUAGUGCUUGACUUUUCUACUAUUAACUCUCUGUAAACAUGAAAGUUACACCAAAUGCUUCUUGCACACCAGAACGGUGCACUAUUUUCACCAGUGUUAUUUUUAUACAAAAUUUUGAAGCUUUGUUAAAAUGUUAAUACAUAAUCUUUGUAAUAAAGUUGUACAUAUUUUGGAAAAUACA